UAUGCCAAAAUGUACCAGUUGUACAUCCUGCCUCAGCCAAUGAGGUGCGAGAUUAGAAACUAUCCUCAGGGAUAGAUACAUGUACAAACGAUUAGAGUCAUCAACAGUUAAGUGGUUUCAUCACUCGGUUGCAUCAGCCUCUGCUUUUACAUCAACUUCAGAAAUUAGCCCUGUUUCCCUUUGACUCUCCGACUCUGCGUUGAUCGAUGUCAAGCUGGAGACAUUUCAGUGUUUACUUUGGUCCUGAAUGAAAGCCGUGCAUUUGUUAAAUAAUAAUUAGCAUUUGUUAUCUGUUGCAUUCUUUCCUAACCACGAGAAGCACAGCAAGACAAUGUUAUAGAUCGUCUCGCAGCCCUUGGUGUCCAAACGCGGAGGCAAGAGUUGAUUGAAUAACUCAGUACAAAAGGAAUGUUUAUUACUGUAAAAUAUGGAGAUCACAGAGAGGCUCUGUUUAACCCAAACUGCCGCAUUAUUCACCUGUUGGAAGACAUUAAGAGGCGAUGUAACUGUGCUGAGAAUGCGGUCAUUGACCUCUCGGAUCUGCAGGGGGCAGUGAAGAAUCUAACAGAUCACCAAGCAUCGAACGGAAUUGAAUUCCUCAAUGAACGAGAAACGUUUAUUCUCGUGCGAGUUGAAAAAAACAUAGAGGGCCGUGAAUUUCCCCUGUACACGCCUCUUCUUGAUGACGAGGACGUUCUAACAAAGGAUUUCCUCGAAAGUUUACGCCGCACGCCCACUGACACCCUAGAGGUUAGCGGCAGAGGUUCUCGUAGCAUGCGUCGAGGUAGUCUUAAACCAAGUGUUAAACGAAAGCAGUCAUCGGGAAAUCGCAGUCUCAGUCCCACGGGGAACAAUUCUCCCGGUAAUAAACCCAGUGCCACAUCGAGAAAACGUUCGACCUCACAUCGGCGGAGUUGAUAAAAUGAACCAAGUAUGAUUGCAACCAUUGGCAUGACAGAACCCGAACGAAUCUGCUGAGUGCGUGUGUUUAAUGGAAGACGCGACAAAAGCAUAGAUUAAGUCAUGACAUGUCAUUUGUCUUUUGUUCGUCCUGUAAUAAUACAAAGCGAAUUACAUUUUGUGAACUGUAAAUAUUGUGGGUAUUUUUUACCGGUAAUCAUCGUGUUUGAAUUUGUUCUCUCAUUUUAUACCAUCUUUAUUUCAUACAAAUAUUGUAAUUCAGAGAGAUGCCAGACGAAACUAGGAAUAUUGUAUCGCAAUAUCAGGGAUAUAUACUAGUUGGGAAGAUAUUGGAGAAGGCCUUUUUAACAUGAUUCGCUUCGUGAAAGCAACGACUGAUGCUUAGUACUCUCUUUAUCGAUGAUAAAAGGCAACCUUAGACGUGUAACGCUCACAAAAAAAUGGUCGCUGAGUCUUUCAACAUUGCACAGGUUCUGCGUCGCCUUAGUGUCACUGGAAAGAAACUUGUUAUGCUUGUAAAGAACAAGAAUUUCAAAAACGCAUGCGUCAAAUCAGUUUUGCUUCUUCAGUCUUUACUUCUUACUAGGUCGAUUGAUCUUAGUGUCAGAUGCGCGUGCGCACAACAAAGGAAUACAAUAUCGUGCACGCGCGCAAACCAAGGGACUCAAUAUCGCGUACGCGCACAACAAGGGGAUAAGAGAUCGAGCAUACGCACAGCGGAAGGAGGCUCAAGCUUCUGUAAAGAUGUUUACAUUUCUUAAUUACAUUUUCUUUAUUUCCCACAUUAGUUGGCCUUAAUUUCCUUUACUAACUGUGUAAUUUUUGUCAGGAAUAGUCCUAAACUAAACAUUUAAAAUCAACCGACCGUAACCAGGUAAGUAUCAGUUAGCCACAACAACGAUGUAGUUCCUAAGAUAUCUACUUUGCUGAUGAAAAUGCGCGCAUUUUCUGAGUCAGGCGAGCCUUGGUUAAAUAAACCACCAAGAAAUUUGUUUUAACUUUAAUAUAAUUAAAAAUGAAUAAUUGUACCAAACGAUUUAAUCACCACAUACCAACUUAGAUCUCUCGGACCACUGUGACUAGAAAUAGAUUUUAACAAGUUGAAACGGAUUUAUGAAGAGUACAUUGCAUAAUUGGACAUAAAAAAGCUUAGACAAAGGCACAUAAGGCCUUUAUCAGACAAAAUAAACGACUCAGUGAUGGAGCCAGAAUGCCUUGCGUAUAUUGUGGGAACCCUUAUUACCCCCAAAGGAAUCGAUUGUGAGACGUUUAAUUUAACGGCCCCUUAUGUCGCUUUUGGUCAAUUGGGUCAAGACAAAGAAAAAUUUCAUUUAAUUGAUGGCAAUAUGCUUCCGCAAAUAGUAAGGAUCUUUAAUUUGGUUGUUUUGUUUUUAAAUGAUGGCUAGUGUUAUGUUUGUACGACUCUAUGACUACGAGCAGUUUAAUGUAGCUUUGCUUUCAAAACAUGCUGUAAGCAAGUUUUCUAUUCCUUGUCCUCCUAUAACCUCCUCAGGACUCUAGAUAUUUUUAGAACAGGAAAUCUUAUCUACAAGGUAUUUCAUUAAUAGUUUUCUUAGACCGCCCAUUAGUGCAUUGAACAAACUAAUUUGAUUCUUGUUAGCGCUUUUCUCAACCAUGAAAUUUAUUGCAAAUUGGACUGAUGUUCCCUCUAGUCGUCUUUUGUUUAGUACGCGUCUUCAUAAAAUCU